ACCAGGCUGCACAUCCUGAGACAAGGGAAGGAGGAGGCUGCACAUCCUUAGACAGGGGCAGGCUGCACACCCUGAGACAAGGGAAGGACCAGGCUGCACAUCCUUAGACAGGAGCAAGUUGCACACCCUGAGACAAGGGAAGGACCAGGCUGCACAUCCUUAGACAGGAGCAGGCUGCACACCCUGAGACAAGGGAAGGACCAGGCUGCACCCCCUGAGACAAGGGAAGGAGCAGGCUUCACACCCUGAGACAAGGGAAGGACCAGGCUGCAUACACUGAGACAGAGGAAGGACCAGGCUGCACACCCUUAGACAGGGGCAGGCUGCACACCCUGAGAGAAGGGAAGGACCAAUCUGUACACCCUGAGAGAAGGGAAGGACCAAUCUGUACACCCUGAGAGAAGGGAAGGACCAAUCUGUACACCCUGAGAGAAGGGAAGGACCAGGCUGCACACCUUGAGACAAUUGAAAGACCAGACUGCACACCUUCAGUACCUGAGCUAGCUAUUGUUCUAUAUACAAGCAGGUGGAUUCUGUCCUACUCCUGUCUUCCUGGAUGUAUUAAGAAGCUGAAUUUCUCAUCAUGGCUUUGACAUCGCCCCCCUGGCUUCUGGGAACUGCCCUUGUUUUUCUUCUCUGCAAUAACGUUCAGGCCAUCAGUAUCCCUAAAGGAUUAAGGAAACCCGCUAUGAUUACUGAUCAGUCUCCUGAAACCUAUGUAGUGUACCCAAAUGAUGAUAUAGUACUCAAGUGCCAAGCUACUGGGAAGCCAAAAGUCACGUACAGCUGGACCAAGGAUGAUGUAAGGUUUAAUCCAGCAGAUGACCACAGAGUGAAAACAUCACAAGAUUCUGGGACUUUAAUCAUCUCUAACACAAACGGGAACACAAUGAGGGAUUUCCAGGGCAAAUAUCGCUGCUAUGCCAGUAACAUCAUAGGCACGGCUAUCUCACACGAGAUCACUGUAAUCACUGAGAGAAUGCCCAAGUGGCAGAAGGAGAAUUCUUCCCUCGUUGUUGUUGAAGAGGGUAAAUCGCUAAUUUUACCCUGUAACCCCCCUAAGAGUGCCGUCCCCGCUCGGGUCUUCUGGAUGGACAAGACUUUGAUGCACAUCACCCAGGAUCAACGUGUCACAACUGGAUUGGAUGGAAACCUCUAUUUCUCCAAUGUAUUGUUAACUGAUGAACAUCCUGACUACAUCUGUAAUGCACAUUUCAUGGAUGCCCGCACAAUUCUGCAGAAGGAGCCUAUUGCCCUGAAGGUCCUGCCCAGCAAUUCUUUAAAUUUACGCCAGCCUCAUAUGAUGAUGCCCAAAGGUCUUACUAGCACAUACAUAGCCCUGAGAGGGAAAUCCUUAGAGCUGGAGUGCAUCGCUGAAGGAUACCCAACUCCAGAGAUUGAAUGGGAGCGACUUGGCGGCAGCCUACCUGAACAUAACUUGGAUAACUUCAAGAAGACACUACAAAUCAUCAGCAUUGAGGAGGAGGAUGAGGGAGAAUAUCAGUGCACAGUGAAGAAUGAGGAAGGCAUUGUCCGUCAUGUCUACACUGUAAAAGUACAAUCUGCUCCGGAUUGGAUUCGGAAGCCAGAGAGUGGGCUGUACGGACCAGACGAGCAUGUUGUCCUGGAAUGUGAGGCAUCAGGAAUUCCCAAACCCAACAUAAGCUGGAAGAUAAAUGGGAAGCCGGUGAAUGAUACAAAUUUGGGCAAAGAUCGUAAGCUGACAGGCAACACGAUGAUCUUAAACUCUGUUAAGACAAAUGAUACAAUGAACGUUCAAUGUGAAGCCCGGAACAAGCACGGAACCAUUCUGGCCAACGCUUAUGUCUAUGUAGACUUAUUCCCACCACAGAUUCUUACGCAGGAUAACCUUGUGUACCGUGUUGUGGAGAGGAACACCGUCUAUAUGCACUGUACCAGUUUUGGGGCUCCUGUUCCACAUAUCCUAUGGGAAAACGCAUUACAAAGUCCAGUGCUGGGCAGUGACCGCUUCUUCCAGCACACUAAUGGCACCCUGACCAUCUCCCAAGUGCAGAAGGAAGACACUGGCAUCUACUACUGCACGGCUGAAAACGAACAGGAAAAUGUGACUAUCUCUGCCAUCUUAGAGGUCAAAAAUGCUACUCAGAUUAUCAGUCCUCCUCUGGACCUACGAGUGAGGAAGGGAGGCAAGGCCAUCUUCCAGUGUGAGGUGUUAUUUGACCCUACCAUGGAGAGCCAGAGGGUGGAGUGGAAGAAAGAUGGAAGGGUGUUAGAAGAAGCUGAUGAUAGUGACAAGAUUUCUAUUGAGGAUGAUGCCCUGAGUAUUUCUAAUGUGCAGGAGGAGGACCAGGGGAUGUACACGUGUGUUGCUCGAACUGACCUGGAUGUCGUGGAACAAGAGGCUGAGCUGGUGGUCAUUGAUGCACCUGAGCCACCUUAUGAUUUGGAGUUGUCUAACCAGCAAGAUUUUAGUGUUUCCCUCACUUGGACCCCAGGAGAUGAAAAUAACAGCCCCAUUGAAGAGUUCAUUAUAGAAUUUGAGGAAGACAGUUUUGAGCCAGGAAUGUGGCACGAGCUAACACGGGUACCAGGAGAUCAGAUUUCUGCAGAUCUAUCUCUUUCACCAUACGUUAACUAUCAGUUUCGAGUUACUGCUGUGAAUGAGAUUGGACCAGGCGCAAGCAGCCCACCAUCUGACCGCUACAAGACACCUAAAGCUGCUCCAAGAAAAAAUCCAAGUGAUGUAAAAGGAGAAGGCACUAAGUCUAAUAACAUGCGCAUAUCAUGGAAGCCACUGAAAGGCAUUUACUGGAACGGGCCUGGAUUCCAGUACCUUGUUAAGUGGAGGCUACAGGGCAAGGAGAUAGAUUGGCACCAAAAGGAGGCCAGUGGCCCACCCUUCUGGGUAGAAGAUACAGAUACAUUUGUGCCUUACGAGAUCAAGGUCCAGUCUAUGAAUGAACUUGGAGAGGGUCCGGAGCCCAAAACUGUCAUCGGCUACUCUGGGGAAGACUAUCCCAUCGUUUACCCAGAAAAUGUAGGUGUUCAAGUGGUUAACCGGAGUACAAUCUUGGUGCAGUGGCUCCCUGUGCAGAAAGAGGGUCUAAACGGGCAUUUGGGCGGGUAUAAUGUUUACUACUAUCCAAGUAUCCACGAGCACAGAAGGCACCACCACAAAACGCACACAGAGCAUGGCAACAAGAAUAACGCUAUCAUCACUGGGAUGGCGCCUUUUACCAACUACUCCCUGUAUGUUCGUGUCUUCAAUGGAAAAGGGGAAGGACAAAAUAGUGAAACGAUGACAUUUCAAACACCAGAGGGAGUUCCUAGCCCACCUGGAUUUCUGCGACUUGAGCGUCAGUCUGACACCUCCAUGGUUGUAGUUUGGGGGGCUCCUGAGAGCCCAAAUGGUAUUUUGACUGGAUAUGUCAUUCGGCACCAACUUUUGAACAAGACUCACCCCGGUAACACACACAUUGAAGAGAUCAGUGACCCUCUGCAGCAGAACUGGACCCUAACUAAUAUCAGCUCCAAAGACACCUACCAGUUCUAUAUCUCCGCCAAGACAUCGGCAGGCGAAGGCGCCGCGGCGAUGGUGCAAGGAAGCACAAUGGAAGAGAUAGAGUUGCCUCAGAUUCAGAAUAUCACCUACAAGACUGAGGAGCAUUCUAUCAUUCUCUCGUGGAUCCACCUGCAAGGAUCUAAAAAUUCAGAAAUUAAGGUGGAAUUGAGGAAUAAUAACAGUGGUUCUUUGCGUUAUGUUGGUGUCGCUAACGCCUCUGAUAGGUUCUUUGAAAUGAAAGACCUGCACUCAGGGACCACAUAUUCUAUUCAGUUGGUGGCCCUGAACAACACCCAGGAUGUUGUCCUCUGGAACAAGGCGGUGCAGACCUCUGGGAUAGCCCUGCCAACCAAUCAGGGGGACUUUGCCACAGAAGGAUGGUUCAUCGGACUGAUCAGCGCCAUUGUCCUCCUACUUCUCAUCCUAUUGAUUUUGUGCUUCAUCAAACGCAGUAAAGGGGGGAAGUACUCAGUGAAAGACAAAGAAGAUACUCAGGUGGAUUCAGAAGCUCGGCCGAUGAAGGAUGAGACCUUUGGUGAAUACAGUGACAAUGAUGAGAAGCCCUUCACUAGUAGUCAACCUUCUCUCAAUGGGGACGUCAAGCCACUUGGCAGUGAUGACAGCCUGGCUGAUUAUGGUGGCAGCGUGGAUGUCCAGUUUAAUGAGGAUGGAUCUUUUAUUGGCCAGUACAGUGGCAAAAAGGAGAAGGAAGCCACGGGUGGCAAUGAGAGCUCCGGAGCAACCUCUCCUGUCAACCCAAACAUCAUUAUUGAGUAGAGUGCAAAAUAUAGGGAGAAGGGGAGGGUCCUAGGGGAAACCUGAGGCCACACAUCGAUGGGAAGUGGGAGGAUACAGUUGGAGAAUUUAUUUUGUUUGCAAAGCAACUAACUCGUUUGGUGCAAUAGGGGUGUGUAAUCCAUUCAAUCAAAAACCUCUUUAGCAUCAAAGGAGUACACAUGCUGUAUAGUCUUGGAUUAACACUCCAUGCCUUUGUGUUUAAAAAAUAAUAAUAUAUAAGGACCAAGGAGGAAAUGGACAUAUUGCUUCACACAUCGGAUGAAAUGUGCCAGUGCUCUUAUAUUUGUUAGGUUACUGAAAAAGAACACAAAACAGAGGGAUGAAGCAGAGAGAACAACAUAUGGUAAAAAAAAAAUAAAAAAAAAAUGAAAAAAACCAAAGGAAGAAAAAAAAACAAAAAGAGGAAAAAUGCAUUUCUUUCACACCAAGUUCCGCAUUCACAUAUGACUGUGUUAAUUUCUAUGUUGUCUUUUCUUUGUAAUGUUAUCUUGAGUGUGCUUGGGGUCCAUACCCAAGGACCUGUUACAGAUAUGGGUUUUAUCUGAGUGCAGCUUGCCAAAAAAUCAAACCAAGAAACAAAGAAAAAGCUUUGAACAUUGUUUGCAUAUGUGUAAGCUCCAAACACAGCAAAUAUCAUCCUGGCUUUUUAGUUAAACAAUCAAUUUAUGUCUCUUCCAUCAAAUGAUCAAUGCUACAAGAGCUCUUGCAGUUUAUAGUUCACUAUAGGACGAAGGUGUAAUGUGUCUUUCAGCCUCUGCCCUGACACAUGAUGUUUGUUCUACUUUAUGGAAUGGUGACAGGUUAUUUCUAGUCUCUCACAAAGUCCCUCCUUAAAGUAAAUGAAAAAAGGUUUCUCCCACAGUAUCUCAUGCAGGCUGUGGGGAGCAUAUGGCUGUGACACUGCAAUGCCCACAUAAUGUAGGCUGCGCUCCAGCUUAAGGUUCACCACAUUCUUGCUGCAAAUUGUACCACUAAUAUGAAAUAUUUCAGGUCUUAGAGGGCUUGCAGUGUCUGUAAAUGAAUUCUGUGCUGUAUUCAGCAUCUGCUUUGUUCUCAGGACAUGAAAAUAAAAAAAGCUUGACCUCUUUGUUGCCCUAUACCAUUGCUUAGUGGAGAGCCUCAUCAAAUAAUUGGUAAGUAAGAGGCAAUGUAUAACCCAGUGGGCAUGGCUUACUUACUUUUGAUUUCUCCCUUACACAGUUGAGGAUGGGUAGGUUUCUGGAUGAACCCAGUUUUCCCAAUUGGUAAAGUGACCCUGGCAGAGAGGUUAAGCUGUGUUGGAUACAGGGUUUGGCACAUGCCCACACAAUCAUUUAAUAAAAUCUAGAACAUUUCACAAUUACCUUUUUUGUAAGAGUGGUAUGCCAGGACCAAAGGAGAAAAGUUCCCUUGUUUCCCGCUGCAUUUUCUCAGGGGCAGUAUCCGUGGUUUCCAGCCACCUUCUCUCCCUGUGCCUCCAGGAACCUCUGUUUAAGUGUUGUCCCUCUGUCUCCUCCAUAGACAGAGCUACAGUGUUUGCACCUCAGAUGUGACUGGUGUAAGCUUCAGCAGAUAUAUAGAAAAAUUAUGACAUUAUUUCCUGCUGUUUUGAGAUGCCUCCCCUGGGGUAUUACUACUGGUUUGGGUGGCCACUUUCAUGUUUUGGGUGGGCUUGAAGGAAAUAUGAGAAUAAGUUUAGAGUUAAGUAAUACUGUCAGGAAAAAAAAAAAGUAAACCUAUUUCCCUAAAGUCUUUGUUGUGCCUGAUUUUAGCAAUACUGGCCACAUUGUUGUAAACUGAAGUACUUCGCAAUGAAAAAGAUUGUAGAUUCACAAAACAUUACAUGUAGAUUCCACAUUCUAAAAGCUAAUGAGCAAGUGCUAUUAUGAAACAUGCAUACAUAAACCAGUCUCAAGUAGAAAUGACAACUAAGUUCUGGUAUAGAAUAUCGGCCAUGAGGUGCCAAGUACAGUAGCUACAAAUCUACUGUAAAGUUCUAUAUUGUUUACCUACUUUUCUCCUGGCAGUGUUUUUACAGAUACAUCACUAACAAAUCCUCCAUCCCUGAAGAGGUUCCUUAGCUAUUUUGCUGUUGGGGUCAAGGCUGUAGGAAAGGCUGACACUGAACUGGGGAGGCACUGGGAAAGGUGCCAGUUGAACCUUUUUGAAUGUAAAUAGUGUUUCUGAAAUUUGUAUCUGCCGGUAGUGUAUAGACCUCUGUAAGUCCUGUCUAUAGCUUGUUAUUGUUAUCAAUAAUACAAACUAUAUCAUGAUA